UUGACGUAAAGCAUUUACGCCAUUUUGUUGUAAGCAGAAAAUUGUUAUUUUUAUGGUAAAAAGCGCGCUUUUUGGGUGUUUCGUCUCGGGGAAGGCACGCACUCCUCAAUCAUGAUGACUACGUACCAGCAGGAGCGGUUGGUGCUCAACGGAGGAACGAAUAUGCCCGAACAGAUGAGCACGCAGGAGGAAGCCGAGCCGCCUGCUCCCGGCACCGAGGACCCGCCGCCGAAAAUCCCGAAACUCGACAAUGGAUCACAAAGAAAUAGCUUAACAUAUGAUCUUAAACAGACUGGAGAAGUUAUCACAGGUCCUGGAGCCCGCAGUAACACGAUAGCUGGCAUCCUUGGCGGAGCCCUUCCAAAACUAACUUCCGACCAAAGCGACCGCGUCAGCAAAGCGAAAAAAUACGCCAUGGAACAGAGCAUUAGGAUGGUACUUAUGAAACAGACGUUAGCACACCAGCAGCAGCAAAUGGCUAGUCAGAGGACUCAGGUCCAGCGUCAGCAGGCUCUCGCCCUUAUGUGCAGGGUGUACGUUGGGAGCAUCAGUUUUGAACUGAAGGAGGAUACAAUUAGGCAAUCGUUUCUACCGUUCGGACCAAUAAAAUCCAUCAAUAUGUCGUGGGACCCUGUCACACAAAAACACAAAGGAUUCGCUUUUGUCGAGUACGAGAUACCGGAGGCGGCUCAGUUAGCUUUAGAACAAAUGAACGGAGUUAUGAUAGGCGGACGUAACAUUAAGGUCGUCGGAAGGCCUAGCAAUAUGCCGCAAGCUCAAGCCGUCAUCGACGAGAUUCAGGAGGAGGCGAAACAGUACAAUAGGAUCUACGUUGCAUCGAUACACCCGGACCUGACGGAGGACGACAUCAAAAGCGUAUUUGAGGCAUUCGGUCCCAUCAUAUACUGUAAACUUGCGCAGGGAAGCUCCGGCCACAAACACAAAGGCUACGGCUUUAUCGAAUACGAGACGGCCCAGGCAGCCAAUGAGGCCAUCGCCAGCAUGAACCUCUUCGAUCUGGGCGGGCAGUACCUGCGCGUGGGCCGCGCCAUCACGCCCCCGAACGCCCUCCUCGGCCCGUCGUCCGGCUCCAGCGUGAUGCCCCCGGCGGCGGCCGUGGCCGCCGCCGCCGCAACCGCCCAGAUCCAGGCCAUGGACGCCGUGGCGAACAACGCCGUCGCGCUCGGCUUCUCCAAGCUGAGCCAGCCGGUGGUGGCGCCGGCGCCGCCCCCCGCCGUCAUCCCGGCCGUGAUCCCGCCGCCGGGCCUGGCCAUCCCGCAAGUGCUUCCGAACAACACGAUCCAGCCGACGAUCGUCACGCCCGUCGCCAGCACGGUGCCGCAGGCGACGGUCAUCGUCCCGCCCACGAUCGUCGCGCCGACGAUCGUCGCGCCGGCGCCGACGCCCAACAACUCGGCGCAGGAGGCGAUGAAGCGGGCGCAGGAGGCGCAGAUGAAGCAGCAGGAGGAGCUGCAGAAGAAGCUGAUGGACCAAAACGAGCCGCAGACGCUGCAGCAGCAGGAGAACAUGUCGAUCAAGGGCCAGAACGCGAGGCACUUUGUCAUGCAGAAGCUGAUGAGGAAGGUGGACUCGAGGGUGGUGAUCUUGAGGAACAUGGUGGGGCCGGAGGACGUGGACGAGACGCUGCAGGAGGAGAUUCAGGAGGAGUGCAGCAAGUUCGGGGCGGUGGAGAGGGUGAUCAUUUAUAACGAGAAGCAGUCGGAGGACGACGAGGACGCGGACGUCGUCGUCAAGAUUUUUGUUGAGUUUUCGGAAACGCCAGAAGCGGAGAAGGCGCGAGAUGCACUCAAUGGAAGAUAUUUUGGAGGAAGAAUGGUUCAAGCGUCACUUUAUGACCAGACUCUGUUUGAUCAUAGUGAUUUUUCAGGUUAAUUAUUAGGGAUGAGCGAUUAUUUUGUUUUCUACUGUGUAGGAGUAACUGUUCUUGUUAAGUAUUAAACUUUAAAAGUUUUAUGGUGCAAAUGUUUAUUUAUACUAAUUCAAUUUUUUAAGAACUGUAAAUUUUCAAAUCAUUUUGCAAAAAAGUAUGUAACAAUGCCUUUUUUUAAUUUGUAAAUAAAGCGUCAACUCUGAAAGAA